AUGCCAGAAUAUAACGUCGUUGACCGGCAAUUACCUGAUCUGGUCGACCUUGUGUUGAAAGAAAAAUGGAAAAUACCAUCAUAUGCAGUCAACUCUAUCAUGAACAUCAAUAAGAACAUAGAAUUUGCCAAAUCGUUCGAUCUGUUCGAGGCUGUCAUCAGUGAAUCAACCCAUGAAGGCGCAAACUUUGAAGAGGAAACCACUCUGAUGCCUUUCCACACAGUCUCUGCCCUCUCUGAAUCAAGGUCGUUGCCGGCCCAUAGCAUACAGCACAAUGUAUCUCCAGUCAGUCCCGCUACCGCACCAAAGAUUAUGGUUGAAGAUAUGAUCAUGAACGAAAAAUUUCAGUGUCCAAAGGCGACUGUGGAUACUAUGCUGAAAAUACAUGCAGAGUUGUUUAAACCUGUUCAUAUGGGACUUUCAAAUAUUGAGAACAUGGCAAGAAUACAAUGA